GCACAAGCUCGUCAGGCGCUUCAUGGGGAACGGCACACGACUGACCCUCACACCCACCUCGCGAUGGUGAACUGGGCUUUGAAGGGCGUUGUGAUGCUCGGCGCUCUUCUUUCAAGGUAUUCUCGCAUGCUCAGUCGUGACCUUGACAACCCGCGAUCAUUUCAGUUUUCUUUUGGAUCUUACCCAUGCGUGCAUACUCGACCUUAUGCAAUUCCAUGGUCACUUCCCACGUACCCACGUACCUUCCUUCUCAACGCAUCGCCCCAACAUCAUCAUCACAAUCUUGCUCUCUCCGGUCCUUGAGAUUCCUCUCUCUUUGAAUCUCAACUUGCGCAUCUUUGAGCCUGGAAGCUAGUAGAUCUGAAGAUGGAAGACGAGGAUAGCGACUUGACCACUUUCGUCUCUCAGCUCAACAGACAACAGCAACCAGAUUUCACCAUUGCUGUCCGUGACUACAGCUGGAAAGUCCACAGCCGCAAGCUUGCCAGAUCAUCCAGCUUCUUCCAGAAGAUCUGCAAUGGAGAACCUCAAGAUAUCGCCAACAAUAGCGUGACGCUCGACAAUGAAGAUCCCAUCAUCAUCGGCUACCUCAUCCUGUGGCUGUACACGGGGAAGUAUGGCGCGAGGGGUCUAGAAGAAACGCAACUAUCUAUUGAAAAAAUCAUGACCUCAGGCCGCACGAGUCCAUCAGAAUGUUCCGAUCUGUUCAUCCCAGAGUCAGGCGACGAGUUUGAUCAGCCAGACUCAUUGCAUGCGCAAAUAUACCUUGUUGCAGACGAAUACGGAAUCGAAGAGCUCAAGGAGCUAGCGGUCAGCGAGAUCGAGUAUCAAUUUGGCUGGGACAGUGCCGCCUUCUUGCCGAGUCUGACACAUCUUCUGCUUCGCCCAGCCGCAGCACCAGCAAUUGCCACGCCCGAGAACAGUAACAAUGGAGGCAACAGCGCUGCCCGACCGAAGCGGACAAUAUGUGAGAUACAAGACGCCGAUCUUUGGGCGGUACUGGUGAAGAUGGCGAGUGACAAGUUCUCGCUGUACCGAGCCGAUAAGGUCAUGAAGGAAGUUGCGCUCGCAAAUCCAGAGUUUCAGUGGGCGAUUCUCUCGAAGAUCGCGGAUAAAUCGGAGCAGCAGCAGGCAGAGUUGGAUAAGGCGCAGAAAGUUGAUACGCCGCCAGCGCCCAAAAAGAGAAAGUACACGAAGCCUAAAGCUCAACCACAGACACAUACACCGACACCGUCGCCAGAGAAGGAAAAAGAGAAGGGGAAGCCCAAGGCUCAGGCCCAGGUUCAGACGCAGGCUCAGGCCUAGGUGGUGAUCUUGUACAGGCUUAUGCUCGCUGGUCGAGGCCAAAGGAGAACGAGGAACAGCCAUUCGCAUUUUCCACCAUCGGGCAAAACAAGGCAAGUAAGCAUGGAAGACUGGUCAAAACCUUGCUCGAGAGCAUUGCAAAAGGCUCAGCUCGUCUCAUUUGAGGUUUCGUACGCCUCUUAGAACAACAGUGGAUUGUAAAGUCCUCAUCAGCAGCAUCAUCAAGCAGGACACCAUAUCUAU